AUGGAUGAGAGGAGCAAGCCCGCCAAGGAUCCUUUCGAGAUCCCGAAUUAUUGGAGGGGAUCGUACUUUUCGAACCUGAACAUGCCUCUAGAAUUUCAUGCAUUCGUUGAUGAUCUCUCAAAUUCCAAGCAUACCAAUGCUGACCUUCUCUGCUUGCCGUCUUCACCGAUAGGGCUUCUAGAGGAUGUCGAACCGCUGGAAGACUUCUCCGGAUCCGCGAGCCCUGACUUGGUUGAAUUUGCAAAGGAUGUUGAGAAUGACAUAUGGUGUAUCUCUCAGCUAGCAUCGAGUGACGAAGCACAGAAACCUCUGAGAACAUGGGAAAGGUUCCAGAAUCCAGAUGAUCAUGAAUUUAGGACAUUGUUUAUUAGCGAGCAGUCACCUCUCUUCUACGAUACCUUACUUGUGGGCAAACCCGAAGGCAAAACGCAUACUUCAUGCUCAGGAGUGUCACUGCACAGCUUGAUGCAGCUAGGCUUUGGAAGACAAUCAAUUCUAUACGUUUAUGAUGAGGGCCGGCAAAGCUUUUGUGCUCGUGUAGAGCGUGGGCGAGUUCCGGGAAUAGCUCUUGAGACAUUCCAUAGCCUCGAGCUUUCAAUCAUCCGACAAGGCAACACAUGGAGACAGCUGCAAUUGUUCGUCACGCAAGCCUAUACAUCUGAUUGGUCAGCGGCGGCUACGUUGGCUGUUGCACAUGAGAUAUCUGCUCAGAUGUCUUUGACGGAAGCACAGGUACUUGAAGUGAUAGACGGAAAUUGCAACAUACUCCAAUUGCAGCAUGUCUUCGAAAGGACCCGCAAUGUGCUCGCUAUCCUGACGAGCAUAGUUAAGACUGUUGAGGACGCGAGAUCGGAAGUUGAAUUACUUAGUCAAAUAUUUGAGACUGUUAAGUCAGCCGAGCAUGAACGAUUAUGGGUUCAAGAUUUGUUUUUGAAAUUUCUGAAUGCCGCCGCGAGACCAUGGCGCACUAGUGUUGAGGCCUGGAUUGGUCUUCAAAACAGACCAGAGCUUGGCGAUGGAAACGAGCUUCCUUCAUUUGUCAAGAUCUUGUCCAGCGACAAUACCCAGGCACCUUUCGAAAGAACUAAAAGGGCUAUGUACAAGUUUGAGCAUGUCGCCGUCCCGAGCUUUCUCGAAACGGAUGACGCACGACUACUUUUUGAGACUGGACAAAGCCUACGCAUAAUAUGCCUGUAUCAGCCGCAUCAUCCACUGGUUCGCCACUCUUCAAAUCUAGCGACGACUUUUGCUUUGUCUGAAUGGCAAUCGUCAUGGCAUUAUAUUGAAGAAACCUCCAGGAGAGCUGAGAUACACGAGAGAACUUUGCGGGACGAAAUUGCACACUACGACGUCUAUGGACCAUUUUCGCAUCAGAGACAGACUUUCACUCAGACUGUGGCAGCUUCUCUCUCCCACCUACAGUCAUCUGAGGGCCAAGACUCGACAGUCUCCCACGACUUGAUACGAGAGCUGGAGCAGCCACUGCCCAAAAUUUCUGUUCAGGGCUUCUCUCUGGUAGGAAUCGAUUUAACGGAUUCUAUUGAGAUGCCUUCGGAAAUCGAACUUCUGACGCCACCUCUUCCCUUAAUUCCGACUCUAUCGUUGUUGCCAAUUGCAGCCCUACAGGCCGGCCUUGUGAAUCAAGCUUGCAUACGUAUGCUUUUCAAGAACCACGGAUUACAAUCCCAUCUUGAACUCCUUUAUCGCUAUCAACUUCUAGGUGACGGCCCGUUUGCUUCUCGACUUUCGCAUGCUUUAUUUGACCCGGAGCUUGCUUCAGCACAACGGCGCAAAGGCUACCAUCGCAGCGGCAGAUUGGGCCUUCAGAUGGGUUACCGAGAUACUUGGCCACCUGCAAGCUCAGAAAUGCGACUUGCGUUGAUGGGAAUCCUGACAGAGUCUUAUUUCUCUCCCAGCUAUGUCGGGCAAGCUUCCUUGUUCCGAGAAGAGAUGCCAGGCGGGCUCAGCUUUGCCAUUCGCGAAAUGUCUGAAGCGGACUUGCAGAAAUGCGUUGACCCUCGUUCUAUCUAUGCCCUUGAUUUCUUGCGGAUCCAAUUUGGAGCUCCUCCCCCUCUGGAUACGGUCAUCACCCACUUUGCUCUUGCCAAGUACGACGCAAUCUUCAACACCCUACUCCGAGCGAAACGAGUGCUUUUCGUCCUCGACAUGACCUCGAAGAAUUUCGCUGUUGCUAGAUCUUCACUUGCCACAAUAGAGAAAUGGCGCUUGAAAUUUCGUCUUGCGAGCCAUCAUUUCAUCUCCUCCAUCUGCGCUUACUUCUCUGAAGGCAUUCUCACGCAUUGGGGUCGGUUCCGACAAAAGCUUGAAGAGAUUGAAAAUGCUUUAGAUACUGGUUCGCAGAUCUACGAAGACAGCAUAUAUACACUCAAAAGCCUCCAUGAGCAAAUACUCGACGAGAUUAUGGUUGCUUUUUUUCUUCGCAAGAGACAACGGGACGUGAUGCAUUUGUUGGAGGAAAUAUUAGGACUCAUCCUCCAAACCUCAAAUCACAUGACGGCACCAAUAGGGGUAGAGAGAUCGCAAUCAGACAUGGACCUCCGCAAGUGUUAUGAUACUUUGCAGAAGCAGAUAGGAGUCUUCCUGCGCGUUUGUAGAGGGUUCAGCAAGCGAGAGGAAGAUGGAGGCGCGAUCAAUGCCCUGCUACUGCGGUUUGAGGCGAAUGAUUUUUACAAGCGAUGA